AUGUCAGUUCAUCCACACAUCAAGAGAGUCAUCUUUACUGAUCAACAAAUUAAGGAUCGUAUCAUAGAAGUUGGCAAAGAAAUUACAAAUGAUUAUAAAGAUUCAAAAGAAUUAGUAUUAAUUGGAGUAUUAAAGGGAUCAUUUAUGUAUAUGGCAGAUUUGGUUCGUGCCAUUAAUCUCCCAAAUACUCAUGUUUCCGUUGAUUUCAUGUCGAUCUCUUCGUAUGGUCAUGGAACCACUUCGUCUGGUGUCGUUAAAAUUAAUAUGGAUCUCAAGGCUGAUAUUGCUGGCAAGGAUGUCAUUGUCGUCGAAGAUAUCAUCGACACUGGUUUGACACUCCAAAGCCUCCUUGUUAACCUCCAAGCACGUAAUCCUGCCUCUCUCCAAGUCUCUGUUCUCCUCCGUAAAAAAGAAGCACUCAAGGUAGAAGUACCAUGUAAAUACAUUGGUUUCGAUAUUCCAAUUGUUUUCAUUGUUGGCUAUGGUUUGGAUUUUGCCGAAAAAUAUAGAGAAUUGCCAUACCUUGGUGAACUCAAAGAAGAAGCAUACAAAAACUAA